AUCUUUCUCAUUAAGCAGUCGUUAAGCAAUCGUUAGAGUAAGUUUGCACUCUUUAUUCCUUUCCAUCGUCUUCGUCGUUCGUGCUUCAUUGCCCGACGUUUUUCUCGUAUAUUCGUUUCCGGAAAACCCACACUCCUUUGGUCUACAUUCGUUUCACCCGACCGGUCUGAAUCACUUCACACCCGUCCCAUUCGCCUUCUUUUCCGAGGUUCACAGUCCUGAGAAGCUAAUCGUCGCCCAAAUUACUCACCUAUCGCAUUCGUCUGCACCUCUGCACCUAUCGUCAACAAUGGCUCGUCGUGUACCCCGUAUUCACCGUCUGCCUCAACGCCUCGAUUACACUCUCAUCCCAGCACCCCUGGACCUCUCUCUUCCGCUGGCUACGGAAAAGUCGGCUCUACCAGCGAUCAUCGUAACACCAUCUUCGCCAACUACAGAAUCCGAGUACUACAUUGCGUUUCUCACCCCCCCGCCAAAGCCUACUUUUCGAGAACGCAUUUCUCCAUAUCUUGCACAAUUUCAGCCUCAGUUUCCAUUCAAAGCUCGGACGGCUAUCAUCGUUUCUCUUCUCCUCUUCCUCAUGGUUUGCCAUCUUUUGGCACAUCUCGCAGUCAGUCGGCCUCACCUUGACUUCUAUAACUCGUCCGAUGGCAUCUCGUCCUUCGGAGGUGACAAACACUCGUCGGCCUCUCCUGUUUUGGGGUUCUUGGAUCUUAAAUCCUUUUGGGGCACGUCAGCGAGUGGCGCAAGACGCAAUUUCAUUAUUCAGGAAGACUCAUCCUAGCAGAUAGUUCAAUGGGAGGGUUUUCUGGGUUGCUCGUACAUGUUCUGAAAUGUUCACAGGAGCUUUUUGUCGAGCCCAACGGGUAUUUUUCCAAUUCGCUACAUGGUUUUUGUCCGUUGAUUUACGUUUGCUCAGUAUACUCGAAAUUUAUUUAUCGCACUUGACCUGACCUGUCUUUAAGUUUCUGAUUCUCGAGGU